CUCACAGCUCUGAGCAAGGGGAUUUGCGACACAUAAAUGUGUGAGGAUGUGAUUGUUUGAGAGAGCUCUGAGCAAGGGGAUUUGCGACACAUAAAUGUGUGAGGAUGUGAUUGUUUGAGAGACGUGAGUGUGUGAAUUCCUGGGCAACAGCUGGUCGGCUAGGGAAUGCAGGGCAUAGUAACAGACAUACAUUCUGGUGGGGGUUUGGCAGCCAGAUGUGGAAGGAAAUUGCAUGGAGUGUGAUGUCAGCAGAGGAAGAAGAGGCAUUAGAUUACAUGACUGGGACAGCCCACACCCUUCAUCUGAAGAAAGGAAAAGACAGAGAGAGAAAGAAACCCUGCAAGCAGCCCUGGCUGGGAUAAAGCAACAGGCUAAAAAAGAGGUGGCACUCUGCCUGUUCCUUUCCUCCUUUCACUUUUAGGCUAGGCCCACUCGGCCUCCACUCAUUGUAAUGCCUCCUGCACCGGCAACCAGAAGUUCUGUGAGUGCCAACAGGAAUUACUUCAAAAGUCUGCCUGGGGUGCUGAGAGUCUUGCAGCUGAUUUUUGGCGCUGGAUUCUGGAUCACCAUUGCCUCUAUCCAUUAUGGAGGUGCAACACACUUUGCUUUGUUUGUUGUGGUUUUCUUCUGGCUGUUGACUCUGAUCAUCUACUUCCUUACACUGCUAGACAAGCAGGAGCUGGUGCCCAUCAUUGGAGGAGACCGCUGGGUAUUAGCCAACACCAUAUACGACUUGCUGGCUACUUUACUGCACAUUGCCACUGUGGGCAUCAUGAUCUCCAAGACUGAGUCCUAUUCCUACUGCAACGUCCCCACGUACUCACAGUACUGCCUGUACAAAGCCAAUUUAGUGGCAACUGUCUUUGCCUGCUUGUGUUGCCUCUUCUAUUUGAUCUCCACCAUCUACUUCUGUUACAAGAAAUGCAAAGGAAGCGAGACUGUUAUCUAGAGAAACCCUUUCCUUUCAUCGCUGAACCAUCGCUGACAUCAGGCUACUUUAAACGGAGUCAGACUUUUUUUUUUCAAUUCCUAAUACUGUAAAGAAAUGUAAAUGUGUGAGGUCCAUACAGUACAUAUUAAUAGGUAUUUUUUUUAGAGAUUUAUCACCCAUAGCAUGUUGUGUUUUUUAGAUACAUUCCAGUACCAGUUCAUUGUAUAUAUUAUUUCAGAAAUUAGACUUGAUACGCACUUGUUGAUCUUUAGCACUGAGGGAAAGAGCACAGAUCUGUCUAGAAUUACUGUAUUCAGAACAUGGACAGGUUUUUCUAUGCAGGAGCGGUUGCAGUGCUUGCUGGAUGAUGCAAUACUCUGAUACUCCGCUUUCUGUUUAAUGCUUAUUCUUAGAGCUGUCUCUAUGGAAUUAUCUCACUUUGAGAAAGAAGCUGCAACAGUAAAAAUCAAGGCAUUUCAGGAUGCAGCUGUCUGGGCAUGUUGGGAGUUGUAGUUUAAUAACGUGGAAAGCUGCAGGUUAAGAGUCAAAAUAUCCCACAUGGGUAUCAUACAUGUUACUACAGACUCUGCCACAACUUGAGAUUUUGUAAGGGGUCAUAUGCAUUUUUUGAAUUCACCCCCAAUUGUUUACCCACUGACCAUAACCAUGUGUCCAUGUAAGGAAUUGUUAUUGGAUUCUUCAGAUGCAACAGAACUGUACUAUUCUUGCACAUUUCAGACUUUAAGCAAUGAUGCCCAUGAUGGGUGUGGUGCUUCAUGUCCAAUUUUAGAGUGAAUUUGUGGGGCACACCCACCCAAGGUUUCUAAUUUUGAAACUAUGUGCUUACUGUUUUUUUUUUAGAGUUGGGAGAAAACGCUAUCCUGCUGAUUCCUGCUCACAUUCAAAAAUUGGCAAAAUAAACACGUUAGAACCUAA